GCUUUCUGCAAGCCACUUUAUCUUUCUACUCUUGCCAUGUCUGACGUAGUUUGGCGACCAGAAGAUGAUUCGAAGAUCAGACCACCACUUCAGGAGGGCCAGGUAUACAGGCCAGACAUACUGAACGUAAUCGAAACGACCCUUGAUGGACUGAGCGGGGAGCUGAGGGCUUUAAGUCUCGAUAUUCAUGACCAUCCAGAGCUGAAGUUCGAAGAAAAAUAUGCCCAUGACGCAUACACUGCGUUCAUGGAAAAACACGAUUUCACAGUGACCAAGAACUAUCUUCUUGAGACUGCCUGGGUGGCUACCUACACCCAUGGUCAGGGAGGGCGCAUUUUGGGAGUCAACUCUGAGAUGGAUGCACUCCCUGGAAUCGGGCAUGCUUGCGGACAUAAUCUUAUUGGGAUAUCCGGAGUAGCGGUAGCUCUUGCAGCUAAGGCCGCUAUGGAGAGGCUAAACAUCGAUGGAAAGGUAGUUCUGCUCGGCACACCUGCCGAGGAAGGCGGUUUUGGCAAGGUCAUACUAUAUGAAAAGGGUGCUUAUGAUGAGAUGGAUGUGUGCUUGAUGUGCCAUCCCGCACCUGGCCCCCGCCACUCCAUUAGUUUGUCUGGCUGCUUGGCGAUCUCUCGCGUCACGGUGGAGUAUCACGGCCAUACUGCUCACGCUGGGUUAAGCCCCUGGGAGGGACAAAAUGCUUUGGAUGCGGCCGUCCUUGCUUAUAACAACGUUUCUCUUCUUCGUCAGCAGAUCAAGCCUACUCACCGUGUGCACGGUAUAUUCGAAGGAAAGGAUUGGGCUCCAAACAUCAUCCCGGACCACGCUAUAAUGCAGUGGUUAGUCCGUGCUCCUACAACAUCAGAGAUGGAAGAUACCAGGAAGCGUGUCAUUUCCUGCUUCGAGGCAGCUGCACUGGCAACUGGAUGCAAAGUUCAAGUCACAAUCGGAUCGGUAGGAAACGAAAUCAGGCAAAACAAAGCACUUGGCGAUGAACUUGCUGAUGUUGUUCUGAAACGCUAUGGUGCUAUCGAUUACGACUGGGGUAUCAAGAGCGCUUCUACUGAUUUCGGGAACAUUACAUACUUGAUGCCUGGUCUUCACCCUGGUUUUUCCAUCCCGACCAUCCCAGAUGGCGGGAACCAUACUACAGGAUUCACGGAAGCCGCACGUUCCGAAGUAUCUCAUGACGCCUGUUUGGUGGUUUCGAAAGCACUCGCGGCCGUAGGCAUGCGAGUCUUGACUGACGAGGCGUUCCUCCAGAAAGUCAAGGACACAUUUGAGGAAGAUAAAAAAUUAAGAAUGUAAUUACUACCCUUUCAUGCGCGCAGAAGAAUUUACAUAUGUCAGAGUCAAACUUGUAUUCAGUGUGUUAUCCAGUAUUCUGUUAACCUCGUCUCGAA